AUGAAGCUACUGGGGGGGGGGGGUCCUGCUGGUAUGAAGGUGCUUGUUGUGUCUGUUUGUGUCUGCAUGUUUGUUAUAUUGACUACAGGAAGUCUUCUAUUUAUUUAUUACAGAGCUGAAUUUAACGAUGACGAUACGCAAUCCACCUCCACACAAUGCAUCUUGUUUAUUACACAUCGACAGCUGGAUUCAGCUUAUCGUGUGUGUCCGAUGUGUAGGAUUUCCUUACUUGUCAAGAUUUGUGGCACAAUGGCUCAAAGUGUGUUUACUGAUGAUUAAAGAAGCCAUUUCCACCGCGUCUGUUUUCUCAGGGAUCUUCUUCACAUUGUGUCCUUAGAUCUCAUCUCUCUGAUCAGUGACAUUAUCAAAGCCCGAGGGCGGCUCACUGAGCGCUUCGUACCCAUUCAGGACAAUGUGUGUACUACUACUACUGCACAGGGGCCCUUAUCAUCCUCUUGACCUCAUGCUGCAGGGUCCCCGUGUGCACCACAAUCUGAGGCGCUCACCUGGAGCUCCGUGAUGCUGCAGCAGACCUCUGCGCGCACCAGGGGUCAGCAUUGAGGUCACAUGCAUUGUUUAGUGUAGUAGUUUAACGGUGCUGAUGCGUGUUUGUAUGUCUGUGGAGUUCAGCUUUGAGUCCCUUAUUACAUUUCGUAAUAUUGUGGUUGUCUUGCGUGGGCAGUGCAGAGAAAGGCGAGGCGCGCGCUGCUGCCCGAGGCCGCACAUUCCUCCACAUUCCACAGCGGAGGGAAACAAUGGCGGCGCUCCUCAGGGACUCAAGAUGACACAAGAACCCAUUUAAGUUCACCACGAAGAACCAGAAACACACUCCGUUCUUAUUCCAGCCCGAACACAACGCACAAUAAAUGGAAUUACCGAUAAACAAAAGUGCAGUGGACGUUGGAAUGACGUCACGGAGCGGUGACGUGUGCCCCUCCAGAUGACCAAAUAAGGAGAGGGGCACAUGAAAGUGGACUUGGUUCUGCUCCGGUUCGGUAUGAAUGAGGAGUCACGUGCUCGUGCCGACACGCCGAUAAAUCGACCCGUCUGAGCGGCCGUGUGCGCGUGCGUGUGCCCGUUGGUGCGCGAGCUGCUGUAGUUUCUUGAGGAAAAGAGAAGAGGAAGCAGUUCCGCCCCCACGAGCUGCCCCGGAGGUCGAACCGAGCGCAGCAGAAAGAAGACGCGCACGCACACACGCGCACGCGGCGGCUCGAGUCUGGGACGGAACUUGUUGCUCCGGCGGACUCGUCGCGUCUGACUGUGAGUCAAAGAAGAAAUGAGUAAAGUUUCCGUUCGAAGCUGAAACCCUCCGCGCGCCCCGCUAAGAACAACGGCACCGAGCGACCCGCGGCUCCACUUCACGCCCGCUCAGGCUUUCCGACCCGGACCGAUCCCAGUUCCGAACCAGUAUGAGCGGAGAAGAGGAACGGUUCAAACUGGUGGUGGUGGGAGGAGGAGGGGUGGGCAAGAGCGCCCUGACCAUCCAGUUCAUUCAGUCCUACUUCGUGUCGGACUACGACCCCACCAUCGAGGACUCGUACACAAAGAUCUGUUCUGUGGACGGGAAGGAGACCCGGCUGGACAUCUUGGACACUGCAGGCCAGGAGGAGUUUGGAGCGAUGAGGGAGCAGUACAUGCGCUCAGGAGAAGGCUUCUUAUUGGUCUUUGCACUCAACGAUCGGAGCAGCUACCACGAGGUCCAGAAAUUCCACACUCAGAUCCUGCGAGUCAAGGACCGAGACGACUUCCCCAUGGUGCUGGUUGGGAACAAGGCGGACCUGGAACAGCAGCGAGUGAUCUCCAGAGAGAAUGCCGUGGCAUUCGCCAGAGAGAACCGGAUCCACUACAUGGAGGCUUCAGCCAAGAACCGCCACAACGUCGAUGAAGUCUUCCUGGAGCUGGUGCAAAUUAUCCGACGGUUUCAGGAGAUGGAGAGUCCUCCUCCUCAAAGUCAUCACACAAGGAAACAGAAAGGGGGGGGCUGUCCCUGUGUCCUCCUCUAAGCAACGUUACCAUGGACACCAAAUCCCUCAGAGAGAGCGAGAGAGAGGGAGAGAGGGAGGGAGGGGGAGGGAGAGAGAUUAAUUUGCACUUUUGAUACUUUAAAUCAGUGUAAUCGUUUAUUUUAGUGCGAGGUGUCAGUAACCAUCUGGUGGAGAGAAGCGAGUGUGAAAGGGACAUCAACUGACCAAACAGCUGUUAGUCACCUCUGUGGUGAAUGAUGACGUCCAUGGGCUGUCAUGUUGCAUGCCUCCCUGCAGGGGGAAGCAGACCCCCGCUCCUGUUGUGACGGUGGGUUGAAAAGACCCCUGAAGGCAGCACGGAGGACGUGAUCAGACGUGCGUACAGAAGCCUUCAGCUUGUGCAGUAUUCAUGACAGCGGAAGUUGCUUCUGCAUUUGCACAUUUCCUUUGACUUCAGUAGUCCUGGACGUUUAUUGUUUUGGUGAAAGGUGGACUGCAUUCUGGUACUUUGUAUUUCUUUUGAUCUUAAUCUGCUUGUUACAUCAUCCGUGUCUUUAAUAAGGGAUAAAUGUAUAAUAAUGUUUUUUCGCAGACAUCUAGUGGUGAAAGUUUACUCUCCAGUCUUCCUGGAGCUUCACCCUUCAUCUCAUGGGCUUCUUCAGAUGAUGGUUGGACUCCCUGGCGAUGGUUCAGAUGUCGUCACAUGAGAUAAAUGUUGGACUUUAGUAUAGCGAUGUGUCAGGUGUCAACGGUCUGGUGGAUGCGCUGUGAUUGGCUGUCCCAUGUGACGUCAUAAACGGUGGAGCACCUGUCUCCUGGGGCCGGAGGUCCAGCUCCAUAAGCAGUCCCUCUGCAUGCUCUGCGUCCUGUUCAACACAAACUCUCCUCAUUCUGAGAUCGUGUGUUAACGUCUAAGCUCUCUUCAUGACAUCCGAGCCAGCUUCAGUCACCAAUGACUUUUGAUGUCCAACGUUUCAGACAAAGCGAACAGGUGGUCUGUGACGUUCAGUGGAUGGAUGUGCAGCUGCUUUGGUCUUAAAGGUGUGCAGCAUUGUACCUUCUGUAUCGUAUGCAGUGUUUCCCUUAGGGUUUCAGCUUGGGGGAGUUCGCGUUAGGCCCUCUCACCUGUGUGCGUGUGUGUGUAUGGGCACAUUUCCGCGUAUGGGGGCACUUGGUAGGGUGGGGGGGCGGGGCGCGUCUUGUUCAAUGGUAGGGGAGACACUGGUAUUGCAUUGGACAGUUCUAUAUUAUCUCCAUUACAAACCUCACAGAACGGGCUGGCGCUCUGCUGCAUGGCAGCAUCCCCAUUUAUCAUAUGUGUAAGUCUCCCUCUGAGAUCCUCGCCCCACCUCCCCGCGUCGGUGCAGUAGCCCCUAUCCACCGGUGGAGGUCACUACGAGCAACCAGCUUCCCACACACAUUCAGGCGAGACGUGUAGCCCAUUCCCAGGGUGUGUGUCCUUGUAUUGGUGGCGCCAGAAUAUAACAACACAUCACUGCUUUUUAUUUGCAACAAAAGAUGAACGCACUAUUAUGCACACUAAGACAGUGAAAAAUUUAAGAAAAAUGAAAUGAAAUCUCUCAUAAUACAUGUCCACUAAUAUCCACCAUCUUCAUUGCUUUGGACAGUGUUUAUUUUUUCUUUAAUAGAAAUUCAUGUGUGUGUAUCUAUAUUACAAACUGCAAUUCACAUCAUUCUAUUUUCUAUUGCAAUGAAAGCCAAAUCUCUUUUAUACAUUAUUAAAACAUUUACAACCUAA